AUGGAUCUUAGGACCGAGAUUGGAAGGUUGGAGGCUGAAAUGGAAACACAAAAGGUUGAACUGAAGCAGAAAUUGCACGAUAUGCAGAAAAGGUGGUCAGAAGCUCAAGAAGAGUGUGAAUAUCUGAAGAAAGUAAAUCUAAAAUUACAAGCUACAGCUGAAAGCCUCAUUGAAGAAUCUAGUACCAACCAGAGAUUGAAUAGAGAACUGAAAAAACAGAAGUUGCAUGAGCGUUGUACAGAAUUGGAAGCUGAAUUGAGGGAAUCUCGAAGAAAAUUAGACGUCAUUCUUCAUGAAAAUAAGGAAAAUAAAGAGAAAAUAAUUGUGGAAGAUAGAUUAUUGAAUCAGAGGUACUCGGAGAAGGUAGUGGAAGUUGAGAACCUUCAGAGAGAAGUAUCACACCUGACCAAGCAGAUUGGCGCAACUCAUGAUGAAAGAGAAAAAAUAGUUUCCAAUGCAGUACUUGAGGUCUCCAAUUUACGUGUAGAGAAAGCAAAACUUGAGAGUGCUCUUCAAGAAGCCCAAGCUAAUGCGAAAUUGUCUGAGGAAGAACUUCGUAAUCUGCAACUAGAAUCUAGAACUAGAGAUCAGGAGUCGAUUAGCGAGCUUGCGAUGUCGAAAAAAAAUCAGGAACUGCUGAUGGCUGACCAUGAAAAACUGCAUAGGCUUCUGGAUAGCGUCAGAUCUAGCGAAGAUAAAUUUAAAAGCGCCAUUAUUGAGCUUAAGGGAAAACUUUCAGCUUCUGAGUAUGAAACCCAGCAGCAAAUGAAAGAGGUUGUUAGUUUCAAGGUCCAAUUGGAAAGAAUAUCACAUCUACAGGAUGAGGUACUGUCACUGAAAAAUACUCUCAAUGAAAUCAUGUUUGAAAAGAAUAUAGUAGAAGCACAUUUGCAGUCGUUAACAGAAGAUUGUGAAGAACUGAAGGCAGAGAAAAGUUCACUUGUUGAGAAAAUAUCAAAUAUGCAGAUGAGCGUGAUCGAAGCAGAGGGUUGCAAACGCAGCAGGGCAGCCUUAGAGGAAAAACUUCUGCGGUUGGAAGGUGAUUUAACGGAAAAAGAAGCUUUGUGUGCUCAGGCAGCUGAGUUGAAAAAUGAGCUAAGCCGGAUUAAAAGGACGAGUAGUCAAUUGCAGAGGAAGGUACAAUGUGCUGAGAGCAAGGGCUAUGGAGUGAGGAUCCUCAUUCACUAUGAAUGAGUCUCACCCAUUUUGGUCUAAUUUGGUGCUGCUAUGGGCAGUGAGUGAGUCUAUUUCUCACCACAAUCACUCGCACACUCAUUGGGGCGAAAGAGUGCUGGAAAGUCUUCACUGAACGGCUGAAGUUCAGUCGUCCAAGAAAAACGGCUGAAAAUGUGCCGUUUGAAGUCCAUAAACGGCUGAAGAUUUGACGUUGCAGCAAAAAAUAAGAGUAAACGGCUGAACAUUAGCCGUUUGCUAUAGUUUUCAUCAAGGAGGCAUAACAUCAGCCGCCUGCACACAUAAAUUUUCAAAAAAAAACAAGUUACCGUUGCGCAA